CUCGGGAAGGCUCCCCUCGCAGGGCCUUCCUCUGAACCGAGGAAAGCGGCGACUGGGAGAGCGGCCGAGGGGGGCGUUUCGUCAGGCGGGGCCGUGGCUGCAGGCCUCGUUUCGCCUCGCUCGCCUUUCCCUACCCGAAAGCGAAGCCUUCGCUCGAACUGUCCGCCCGCCCGGAUGGAGCGUUUUGCGGGGCGUCGGGCUUUGGUGACGGGGGCGGGCAAAGGCAUCGGCAAAGCCGUGGCGGCGGCGUUGAGUCGGGCCGGGGCCCAUGUGGUGGCGCUGAGCCGGACCCAGGCGGACCUCGACAGCCUGCAGAAGGAGUGCCCUGGAAUCCAAACACUGUGCGUUGAUGUAGGAGAUUGGGAGGCCACAGAGGCAGCACUGAGCGAACUGGGUGAUAUCGAUCUACUGGUGAAUAAUGCUGGGAUAGCAUUGCUGCAGCCAUUCCUAGAGGUGACCAAGGAGGCCUUUGACAGGUCUUUCAAUGUCAACCUUCGGGCUGCGCUGCACAUCUCCCAGAUUGUUGCUCGGAAGCUGAUUGCUCGGGGUGCUCCAGGUGCAAUAGUGAAUGUCUCGAGCCAGGCCUCAGUGCGGUCUGUGAUGGAUCACACAGUGUAUUGUUCCACCAAGAGCGCCUUGGACAUGCUAACCAAAACAAUGGCUCUGGAGUUGGGGCCUCACAAGAUCCGGGUAAACAGUGUGAACCCCACUGUCGUCAUGACGGAGAUGGGACGCCGCAACUGGAGCGAUUCCCAGAAAGCUGCAGCUAUGAUCAGUCGUAUCCCAUUGGGGAAGUUUGCAGAGGAGGCUGAUGUGGUGAACGGCAUUCUCUUCCUGCUGAGUGACCAAAGCAACAUGACGACAGGUGCCAUGCUGCCAAUCGAUGGGGGUUUUCUUGCCAGUUAAAGCCGGUCGCUACGGAAACGUACCUCCAUGAUUAUCAAGCCUUCCUGAAGAUGCUGAAGUGACUCUGAUUUUAGAAAGCAAAUGAUCCACUUCUAAGAUCGAUGGGAUAAUAAAGAAGACAGAUCUCCCCUCCCCCCGCCCUUUCCUCUACCAGACCUAAACAAAUCACAACUCCUUACUUAUGGAGAAAUGUUUAUUGUAUAAAAUAAGAGGUGUUCAGCUCAUUACUCUACAUGAUGAUUAAAAACUGGACCUGUCUCCAUCCCAACCCCUCCAAAGCUCUCCCUGCUCCACCCCAAAUCCAUCACAACUGACUAAAAGGAAGGGGUGGGCCAUCACCCUCCCACCUGUUUCAUCUUAGGCUCCUGCCAUGCAGCCCGGUGCUGCCCAGACCGGACAAGGUAAAGUGACCUUCCUUCUCCUCCCCUUCUUUGGGAGGUUUGAUGGUCAGUAAACCAGCUCCGGAGCAGUGCACAGGCUGAUGCCCUGGAAGGCAAAGGCAGCUUCAGAUAGCACAGAGCUGCUUAGCUAGUGUCUCACACAAUAAAGCACCGAUGGCUGUUUCUUCAA